CAGCACGAAUUGAUCAUAAAUGACCUAAGAUUGAUAACCUAUAGCCAUAUUUCUUAAAGUCGCAAUACAUAUGUUAUAGAAAUCCCGUCGGUUGAACAUAAUUCUACUAAACGUCAUUUUGAAAAGUGUUGUCAAUCAUGAAAUUCUUGUGGUUAAAUAAUAACAAGGACAAGUUAGUCCUCUCGGAGGAAGGAAAUGUGGAUGAAAACUUGGAACGAAUUCAAAAAAAAAAUAAAUGCAAAAUUGUUAUGACAAUUUUAAAAAUUAUUAUUGUCCUUGAAAUUAUUAUGUUAAUUGGAUCGGCUUUAAUUUUAUUUUAUAAAUAUCAAUAUUGUGAAACAACAGUUGAAAAAACUCAAUCCGAACCACAUUCGACAAAUGAAUUACUUAAUUUGAAAUUGUCUUCAGAAAAUUCGAAUGAUUACAAUAUCAAAACUGUUAAUAAUGAAAAUAAUGAAAAUCAAGUACAAGAAGAUGAAAAAGUUAAGCAAAAAAAUGAAAUGAUAAACAAUGAAGAAAAAAUCUUUGAAGAGAAAAAUUCAAAUGAUGAAAUAUCGUCAAAUGAAAUGCCAUUCAAGAAAUUAUUUUCAUUACUAUUUUCAUUACCACAAAAUGAAGAAAUUGAUGAGAAUCAAAACAAUAAGAAUCCUCAAACUGUUUUAGAAGAACCUAUGAAGGAAACAUUUCACAUUCGUAUGAUUUUUCACCCAAAAAAUCCCAACAAAAAUUCUAAUCAAACAAACGAAAAUAUAAUAAAUCCAAUAAUUACUUUACCGGAAAAUAUUAUUGAAAACGAAGAAUCUUUAAAUCAAAACAUUAAUAAUGAUGAUAAGGAUGAUUUUUAUAAUAUUUUGACUAAUGUAAUAAAAUCAAAUGUUUUUUCUAAUUUUUUUAAUUUUGAUAAUAAAGAAAAUUAUAAUGCUUUCGAAGAAAUAGAAAAACCAAAUCCACCAGAAAAUUCUUUCAGUAAAUUGCUUGAAAAUAAUGGUUUUAAAGAAAUUAUAUCAAGCAACACUUUAGAUGAAGCAGAUCCGUUAUUACUUAAAAACAUUUGGGAUAAUUUAAAUCAGGAACCAAUUGUUUAAUAAGAUAAUACUCCAACUAAUAUUGCAUGCAAUUGAAUUUAUAUGGAGAUUUUCGAAAACAUUUUAAUUAAUUAUAAUCUAUUAUUUCUAUUAAUAUAAUAAUUCUAUUGCUAUUAUACAUUUUAUGCAUUAUUUUGUGUGGUUUUUUCAAUUUUUAUUGUGCAAAAGAAAUUCUCUUUUAAAAUGCGUGAUUUCUUUGAAAUUUGAAAUUCAAAAAUUUUUUUUUAUCUUUUCUAAAGACAUUGUAAGUUUUGACGAUUAAUUAAAUAAACAUGCACAACGACUAA